AUGAGGAGACUGAGUUUGUGGUGGCUGCUGAGCAGGGUCUGUCUGCUGCUGCCGCCGCCCUGCGCACUGGUGCUGGCCGGGGUGCCCAGCUCCUCCUCGCACCCGCAACCCUGCCAGAUCCUCAAGCGCAUCGGACACGCGGUGAGGGUGGGCGCGGUGCACUUGCAGCCCUGGACCACGGCCCCACGCUCAACCAACCGCGCUCAGGACAGCGGCAGGGCGGGUGCCCAGAGGGAUGAGCCAGAGUCGGGGACGUGGCGGCCACCGGCGCCCCCGCAAGGCGCACGCUGGUUGGGGAGCGCCCUGCAUGGCCGGGGUCCGCCUGGCUCCCGGAAGCUCGGGGAGGGCGCCGGGGUCGAGACCCUGUGGCCACGGGAUGCCCUCCUGUUCGCUGUGGACAACCUGAACCGUGUGGAAGGACUACUACCCUACAACCUGUCUUUGGAAGUAGUGAUGGCCAUCGAGGCGGGCCUGGGCGAUCUGCCACUUAUGCCCUUCUCUUCCCCAAGCUCACCGUGGAGCAGUGACCCUUUCUCCUUUCUGCAAAGCGUCUGCCACACCGUAGUGGUACAAGGGGUUUCGGCGCUGCUGGCCUUCCCCCAGAGCCAGGGCGAGAUGAUGGAGCUAGAUUUGGUCAGCUCUGUCCUGCACAUCCCAGUGCUCAGCAUAGUGCGCCACGAGUUUCCGCGGGAGAGUCAGAAUCCCCUGCACCUACAACUGAGUUUAGAAAAUUCAUUAAGUUCUGACGCUGAUGUCACUGUCUCAAUCCUGGCCAUGAACAACUGGUACAAUUUUAGCUUGUUGCUAUGCCAGGAAGACUGGAAUAUCACCGAGUUCCUCCUCCUUACCGAGAAGAACUCCAAGUUCCACCUCGGAUCCAUCAUCAACAUCACUGCUAACCUGUCCUCCACCAAGGACCUCCUAAGUUUCCUGCAGGUCCAACUGGAGAGCAUUAAAAACAGCAAACCCACGAUGGUAAUGUUUGGCUGCGACAUGGAGAGUGUCCGGCAGAUUUUUGAACUUUCCAACCAGUUUGGUCUAUCACCUCCUGAGCUCCACUGGGUUCUAGGAGACUCCCAGAAUGUGGAAGAACUAAGGACAGAAGGCCUACCUUUAGGGCUCAUUGCUCAUGGAAAAACAACACAGUCCAUCUUUGAGUACUACGUUCAGGAUGCCAUGGAGUUGGUUGCAAGAGCUGUAGCCACAGCCACCAUGAUCCAGCCAGAACUUGCUCUCCUUCCCAGCACGAUGAACUGCAUGGAUGUGAAAACCACAAAUCUGACUUCUGGACAAUAUUUAUCAAGGUUUUUAGCCAACACCACUUUCAGAGGUCUCAGUGGUUCCAUCAAAGUAAAAGGGUCUACCAUCAUCAGCUCGGAAAACAAUUUUUUCAUCUGGACUUUGCAGCAUGACCCUAUGGAAAAGCCCAUGUGGACUCGCCUAGGCAGCUGGCAAGGGGGGAGGAUUGUCAUGGACUCUGGAAUAUGGCCAGAGCAAGCCCAGAGGCACAAAACCCACUACCAGCACCAAAAUAAGCUACACUUGAGAGUGGUGACCUUGAUUGAACACCCAUUCGUCUUCACAAGAGAAGUAGAUGAUGAAGGCUUAUGCCCUGCCGGACAACUCUGUCUAGACCCUAUGACUAAUGAUUCUUCCAUAUUGGACAGCCUGUUUAGCAGCCUCCAUAGCAGUAACGACACCGUGCCCAUCGAAUUCAAGAAGUGCUGCUAUGGGUAUUGCAUUGAUCUGCUGGAACAGUUAGCAGAGGACAUGAACUUUGACUUCGACCUCUACAUUGUAGGGGAUGGAAAGUACGGAGCUUGGAAAAAUGGUCAUUGGACUGGGUUGGUUGGCGAUCUCCUGAGUGGAACGGCCAACAUGGCGGUCACUUCUUUCAGCAUCAAUACUGCACGAAGCCAGGUGAUAGAUUUCACCAGCCCUUUCUUCUCAACCAGUUUGGGCAUCUUAGUGAGGACUCGAGACACGGCAGCUCCAAUUGGAGCCUUCAUGUGGCCACUGCACUGGACCAUGUGGCUGGGGAUUUUCGUAGCUCUGCAUAUCACUGCCAUCUUUCUCACGUUGUAUGAAUGGAAGAGCCCCUUCGGUAUGACUCCUAAGGGGCGGAAUAGAAACAAAGUCUUCUCCUUCUCUUCUGCCUUGAAUGUCUGCUAUGCCCUUCUGUUUGGCAGAACAGCAGCCAUCAAACCCCCCAAAUGCUGGACUGGAAGAUUUCUGAUGAAUCUUUGGGCCAUUUUCUGUAUGUUUUGCCUUUCCACAUACACGGCGAACUUGGCUGCUGUCAUGGUGGGCGAGAAGAUCUAUGAAGAGCUUUCUGGGAUUCAUGACCCUAAGCUCCACCAUCCUUCUCAAGGCUUCCGUUUCGGAACUGUCCGGGAAAGCAGUGCUGAGGACUACGUGCGGCAGAGCUUCCCAGAGAUGCAUGAGUACAUGAGAAGGUACAACGUACCCGCCACCCCUGACGGAGUGCAGUAUCUGAAGAACGAUCCAGAGAAAUUAGAUGCCUUCAUCAUGGACAAAGCCCUUCUGGAUUAUGAAGUGUCAAUAGAUGCUGACUGCAAGCUUCUGACUGUGGGGAAACCAUUUGCCAUCGAAGGGUACGGCAUUGGUCUCCCUCCCAACUCUCCGCUGACGUCUAACAUAUCUGAGCUCAUCAGUCAGUACAAGUCUCACGGGUUUAUGGAUGUGCUACACGACAAGUGGUACAAGGUGGUUCCCUGCGGGAAAAGAAGUUUCGCCGUCACUGAGACUCUGCAAAUGGGCAUCAAGCAUUUCUCGGGCCUCUUCCUGCUGCUCUGCAUCGGGUUUGGUCUCUCCAUCCUGACAACCAUCGGUGAGCACAUAGUGUACAGACUGCUGCUACCACGAAUCAAAAACAAAUCCAAGCUGCAAUACUGGCUGCACACCAGUCAGAGAUUGCACAGAGCGUUAAACACAUCAUUUGUAGAAGAAAAGCAGCCACGUUUCAAGACAAAGCGUGGGGAAAAGAGGAGAUGGAGAAGAUGGGGAUGCGGGACAGAAGGAGACUCUGAACUGUCUCUGUUUCCUAGGUCAAACAUGGGACCCCAGCAGCUCAUGGUGUGGAAUACUUCUAAUCUGAGUCAUGACAACCAACGGAAACACAACUUUAGUGACGAGGAAGGACAAAACCAGAUGGGUACCCAGACCCACCAGGACAUCCCUCUUCCUCCAAGGAGAAGAGAGCUCCCUGCCUCACUGACCACCAACGGGAAAGCAGACUCCCUCAAUGUCGCUCGGAACUCGGUGAUGCAGGAACUCUCCGAGUUGGAGAAGCAGAUCCAAGUGAUCCGCCAGGAGCUGCAGUUGGCUGUGAGCAGGAAAACAGAGCUGGAGGAGUACCAAAGGACAAACCGGACUUGCGAACCCUAGGCAGUGCCACUGCUCCCCUUUCUCAGCCCUCGGUAUUCGGAAGCCCUCGAGGCACUUUGUAAAGCUCUUUUGUAUGGACUGACAAUGGUGUGGAGCCCGGUAGUGAAGUGUGCAGUACUCGGCCUCACAUGCAGCAGCAGCGGCAAUUCCCACACGUGCCCCCCAGGUCUCCAGGGUAGGAAUCUAGAGUUAGUCAGGGCUAAAGUCUGUACACGGGAUCGGUGAGCAGCCAGAGAACUCUGGCUCCUGUCAGCCUUUUCACCUGGUGCCACAGUAAUCUUUGCGGGUUUUUAGCCCUCUCUCCGCGCUUCAACAAGAGAUAAAAAAUUGUUGCGCAUCCCUGUGUCUUACUGGGUUGGUUUUUGAUAUUAUUACAAAAUAGAAUUGCCCAGGUUUGCAGGUUUGAUACAACUUCCCAAUCUAGAUUUGAUCUUACCUUCUGAAAAAGCAAGUUAGGAGCCAGGAAAACUAGGGCAGAGCAGAUACAUUAAUUUAAAAAAAAAAAAAAAUUGAACAGAGCUCAGAAUUACAAGCAAGGGAUGACUGGCUAAGGUAGCACCACGUGCUAGAGCAGUUCUGGAUAUCUGAGCCCAUCCCAGCUAACGUUUAGUAGAAACAUGUUGACACACCGCUCUGAAAGACAAAGGGAAGCAGGGAGUGGGAGCAGA